AUGGAGCUCUAUGACCAUGAUUUCUUGGAGGAACUUAUGUCUCUAAGAAGAGAAACAUGGGACACCAAUCCAUGCUUAGAAGAAAACCAUGUUUUCUCUAAUGGUUUGAGUUUUGACUGUUAUAAUCAAAACUCUUCUACUUUUCUUCCAAAUUCUUCCUCUUGCCAAGAAGUUCCUCAAAGUUACAACAAUGACUAUGCCUUCAAUGAAAUCUAUAGUUCCUUACUUGAUGAUUUCUCUGCACCCCAGAUCCUAGAUUCAUCCUAUAACACCCUUGAUACCCCACUUAGUAACUUUGCAUUUAUCGCUCAAGAAGAUUAUCCAAUGUCCAUGAUGAUGGAAGAAGAUCCGGGUUUGCUAGGGGAAGAGCUUCAUAGUUUGGACUUGCAAACCACAUGCAAAGUGGAGCCUAAUCAUUCCCCUGAAAUGCCUGUUUUCAACAGAGAUACAUGUGUGGAAAGAAAGAAUAGAGCAAAGAAGAUGCAGGGGCAACCCUCCAAAAAUCUAAUGGCGGAAAGGAGAAGAAGAAAGAGAUUGAAUGAUAGGCUUUCCAUGCUAAGGUCAAUUGUCCCUAAGAUAAGUAAGAUGGACAGAACAUCUAUACUUGGAGACACUAUUGAUUACAUGAAAGAACUCCUGGAGAAGAUUAAUAAUUUGAAACAAGAAAUAGAAGCCGAUUCCAACAUUGCUAGCAUUUUGAAGGAUGUAAAGCCAAACGAAAUCUUAGUGAGAAAUUCCCCUAAGUUUGAUGUAGAGAGGAGGAAUGUCAACACAAGGGUAGAGAUCUGCUGUGGAGCGAAGCCAGGCUUAUUGUUGUCUACAGUAAACACCUUGGAAGCAUUAGGCCUUGAGAUCCAACAAUGCGUUAUUAGCUGUUUCAAUGACUUCACAAUGCAGGCUUCAUGCUCAGAGGAAUUAAAGCAGAAGACGAUUAUGAGUUCUGAAGAUAUAAAGCAAGCACUAUUUAGAAGUGCAGGAUAUGGAGGACCAUGUUUGUGA